AUGGUAUUUUUGUCCAUUGGCAUAUUCAUGGAUGAAACAAAGUUCGCGUGGGCAUUAACGGCAUUGGCUAGGCGACUAGUCUGCUCCAUGUCAGCAGAGCUCUCACCAUUCGCCAAAGAAGUACAUAGACGUCUUUGGAAGCAACUUUGGUAUCUCGAUCGGAGGGCAGUCGAGGAUCAUGGGAGAUUCCCAGUUCGUGCGAAGCGGUCGUGA